AUGGCUACUCGCACCGACACUCCCGUCAGCGCUGCCCCGAAAGCUGCCAACCCGUCACCGGCAAUCGACACCAACGAUAUCGAGGACUGGCGUAACCGUGUCAAUACCUUCCUGGAUGGCGCUACGCAGGCUGCUGCCGAUGCCAAAGCGAACCCUCCUGUCAAGAAAUGGCACACUAAUCUCUUCGGGUGCUGCACGCCCUUCGAGACCUGCUGCGUCACGACCUGCUGCCCCUGCAUCACCUUCGGCAAGACGUACCACCGCAUGAACAAGGACAGCACGAUGAAGGGCUACAGCCCGAUCAACACGACCUGCCUCCUCUUCUGCAUCGGCCAACAGCUCCUCUGUGUGCCUCUCCUCUUCGCAGCAAUGCAACGCGGCGAACUCCGCACAAAGCACAACAUCGCCGGCUCGACCUUCGGCGACAUCUGCACCUCCUGCUGCUGCAUGUGCUGCAGCCUCGUCCAGACCGAGAAGGAGAGCGCGUACCGCGCCACGCAGGCGCUAGUUACGGAGCAGCCCGGACGCCAGCUCGAGAUGAUGACGUAUGCGCCUGUGCCGGAACCGGAGCCGCGGAAUCUGGUGGUGGACGCCCGUGGGGUGACUGUGCUAGAGCGUGAGGACGUGGGAGAGGCGGAGCAGGGGACGGUGAGGCGGGGGAAGGUGAUUGUUGCCACUGUGUAG